CAUAGACAUCACUCCUGAUCAAGGAACUUGAUAGGCUUGUGCUCAUGGAUUUCACUGGUCUCACCACGUUCCCAUCAUUCUGAAGCAGCUGGCUUGGUAGAAUGACAAGAAGAAAGGAGGUAAAUUCCAGCCUUUUAAGAAGUUGUUUGCUAAGAGGAAAAAGAAAGACACUUUAUUGUCCCAGGAGGCAUCAGCAAGGAAUAAGAGUCACUCUGCCCGGAGUGUCAGCAAUGGGACCUUCUCUUCAGAUGAGGAGACCCUGGAAGACAAUCUAAGGUCCUUCAACUAUUCUAUGGGAACCCGGGCAUUUUCCCAUGACAGUAUUUUUAUCCCUGAUGGGGGAGCAGAAAGUGAGCAGACAGUUCAAGCAAUGUCACAGGACAACAUCCUGGGCAAAGUCAAAACUCUUCAGCGACAGUUGAGCAAAAACAUCAAGUUUGGGCAGCCACCACCCAAUGCCAUUCCCAUGAAGAAGGCAGACAGUGGCGAGGCUAGCUUAGAAGAGGAUCUGUUCCUGACCAGUCCCAUGGAAAUUGUGACCCAGGAGGACAUCAUCCUGUCAGACACCGAGAACAAACCCAGUGAUCCGCCAAGUUCUCUGAGUCCUCUGAAUCUGCCUGGAGCCAGAAGUGAGAUGGAAGAGAAGGUGGCUCCAAUUAAACCAUCUCGGCCAAAAAGGCACUUCUCUUCUGCUGGAACCAUCGAAAGUGUCAACCUAGAUGCCAUCCCCCUGGCCAUCGCUCGUCUGGACAACAGUGCUGCCAAGCACAAACUGUCCGUUAAGCCAAAAAACCAGAGGGUGUCAAAGAAGCACAGGCGACUUGCCAGGGACCGACUGCAGGAACAAGGUGGCCUCCCGGGCCAGCUGUCCCUGGACCAGAACGGACACCCCGGAGAAGACAAGCCAAUCUGGCAUGGAGAGGAGCCGGAGCUGCUGGACUCCGAAGAAAAGAGAUGCCAAGAAGAAUACUGGCUAGAACUUGAGGCCAAGUGCAAACGGCAAAAGGCCGAGGUGGCCGAGAGGAGACGACUGGAAGAGCAGAGGCUCCAGGCCCUGGAGAGGAGGCUCUGGGAAGAGAACAGAAGGCAGGCGCUCUUGGAGGAGGUAGGGGAGGAGGAGGAAGGAGAGGAGACAGAACUACAGCUGGAGGCAGAAAAGAGACAGCGCCAAGGGGAGAGGCAGAGACCGGAAGGGCCAGGUGGCCAAGGCCAAGAGCGGAGAGAACAGGAGGAAGGCAGGCACCUGGGGGCCCAGGAGCAGGCGCCACGCGCGCAGCAGGAGGAGCAGGCCUUGCGGAGCGGGCUGGAGGCUGCGGAGCAGCGGGAGGAACAAGAGGAAAGAGAACUGAAGGAGCUCAGGAGGCAAGAGGAGCUGGAGGAACAGAGGCAGCGGGAGGCCGAAGAGCAGCGGCAAAGGGAGGAGGAGGAGCAGCGGCAAAGGGAGGAGCUGCUGCGGCUGGAGGAGCAAGAGCGGCAGAGGCGGGAAGAUGAGGAGCAGCGAGAACGAGAGGAGCAGCGGGAGCGGGAGGAGAAGCGGCGGGAGGAGGAGGCAGCGGCAGAGAGAAGGGCGGAGCUGGGAAAGCGGGAGGAAGGGGAGGCGCAGAGGCGGCAGGAAGCGGAAGCGGAAGGUCGGGAAGCCGCGAGUGUGCAGGAGGAGCGGUGGCAGCUGCUGGACGUCGAAGAGAGCUCGAGGAGCCCGCUUCAGGUGAACUUUGCAGAGAAAGCAGGCAGACGAGAGCAAGAGAAGCAAAGAGAACACGCCGAGGAGUCCGGGACUUGCGAGAAGCAGAGCCAGGAGGCCGAGCCAUCCGGAGAGCAGCAGGCACAACGGGAUUUUCCCGGGUAUGGUCGUCGCGUACGCCAGGAAAAGGGACAAGAAGCCAACACGCAGCCUCCCCAGAAACCAGAGGCGAAGGUAGAAGAGACGCUGGCUGCCGUGGAGAAGAAAGAAACUGCCACUCCAGAAAAGGACAGAAAGGUGGAGGAACUCCGGUGGCAGGAAGUGGAUGAGAGGCAGACCACGCCCAGGCCCUAUACCUUCCAGGUGUCAUCCGGAGGGAGGCAGAUUCUCUUCCCCAAAGUCAAUCUAAGCCCAGUGACGCCCCUGAAGGAUGCGGGACCUGCCUAUGCCCCCCAGGAGCCGAAGACCUCCAGAGCCAGCCCAGCCCCCCACACCCUGCCCUCUUCCCUGAGCGUCCCCCAUACAGCCAUUCUGGUCACGGGAGCACAGCUCUGCGGCCCUGCCGUCAACCUGAGCCAGAUCAAGGACACAGCAUGCAAGUCUCUCCUGGGCUUGUCAGAAGAAAAGAAGCACGUCGAUGUCCCUGCCCUGGAGAAUCCACCCCGAGCAUCCGUCGACCCCCGGGCAGGCAGCGGGAAGGCCAGGCCCCCCCAGGAUUCUCCGAGCAGUGUGGCUGCACUAGCCGAAUGGGCUUCCAUUCGGUCCAGAAUUCUGAAGAACGCAGAGAGUGAGCAGCGCGUCGAUAGAGACCAGUCUCGUCCAGGUGAUGAGCACACGCCCAGGGGCCGAUGUGAUUCCCGCGGGAACCUCCGGAGGACCCCCCCAGUCAAUGCAAAAUUCUCUAUUAUGCCUGCUUGGCAGAAAUUCUCGGAUGGUGGUACCGAGAGCGCCAAACAGAACACAGAAGCAGAGAGCAUUAGAAAAAGACCUGCACUGGGACCCAGUGAUGGGUCAGCGCCCCAGCCCCUGGCUGCUAAUGAGCACCCAAAGGGUGCUGAGAAACUGGAGCCAGCAGAUAGCACAGAGGGAUGCAAAUUUGCCAAAGACCUCCCAUCUUUCCUUGUUCCAAGCCUUCCUUACCCUCCACAGAAAGCAGUGGCCCACACAGAGCCCAUGAUCAUUUUGGACAGUGAGACCAUCAGUGGCAUAGGAAAGGCAGACGCCGCAAUGCCUGGUCACGAGGAAAAAGCGUCACCCUUUGGAAUAAAAUUGCGAAGGACCAACUACUCCUUGCGCUUCCACUCUGAUCAGCAGACAGAACAGAAGAAGAAGAAAAGGCACAGCAGCACCGGGGACAGUGCCGACAGCGGGCCACCUGUACCAGCAAGCACAAAAGGAGAGAAAGAGACAGAGGGUGUGGCCCUCAAGCAUGGCCUGUCCCUACCCCCCGAGAGGAAGCAAGCUCUGUCCACUUGGAAGGACUCUCCCGAAAGAGGGCAUCCUUCUCCUGCAGCCCAGCCUGGGCCCCUGCCGGUUGCAGAGCACGACAAGGUGGCAAACAAAAUGCCAUUGACGCAGAAGCCAGCCCUGGCUCCCAAGCCUGCAGGUCAGACUCCCCCCUCCUCCCCACUCUCCAGACUGAGCAGGCCCUACCUGGUAGAGCUGCUGGCCCGCCGGGCAGGGAGGCCAGACCCGGAGCCCGGAGAGCCAUGCAAGGAGGGUCUGGAGAGCAGGGACCCCUGGCCGCGCUCACCGCCGCCCCCAGAGAAAAGGAAGGCACACAAGAGGGAUGAGGAGGAAGUGGUGGAAACAGAGAGGAAACCCGCUUCCCCGGCUCUGUCUGCUGCUCGGCCAGAGAAGCCUUCCCAAACCCCCGAGGCCGGGAGGAAAGAAAAGCCUGUUCUUCAGAGCAGGCACUCGUUAGAUGGCUCUAAACUAGCGGAGAAGGUUGAAACCGCACAGCCACUGUGGAUAACGUUAGCGCUGCAGAAGCAGAAGGGGUUUCGGGAGCAGCAAGCAACUCGAGAGGAGAGGAAGCAAGCCAGGGAGGCCAAACAGGCCGAAAAGCUCUCCCGGGAGAACGUCGGUGUCAUCCUGCAGCCCGGAAACAGCAGUGUCAGCAGAGCAGGCUCCCUGCACAAGCCCAGCCCCCAGCCGGAGGAGAAGAAGCCGGAGACCGCGGUGUCCAGGCUCGAGCGCAGGGAACAGCUGAAAAAGGCCAACACUCUUCCCACAUCUGUGACAGUGGAGAUCUCUGAUUCAGCUCCCUCUGCACCGCUGGUCAAAGAAGUCACCAAGAGGUUUUCAACCCCAGACGCUGCCCCCGUGUCAACAGAACCAGCCUGGCUGGCAUUGGCCAAAAGGAAAGCCAAGGCCUGGAGCGACUGCCCACAGAUCAUUAAGUAGAGUGACUCUUACCCACUCCUGUUGCCAGUUAUUGGCUCUUCUCUUGCCCUUGUUAUUUAUUUUUUAUCGGAGGUAAAGAAACCAAGCUAGGGAAAAGCAGCAUGUUUUAUAGGCUCCAAAAUAAUGUUUAGAAACUG